GGGGAAAAGCUAGGCGGCUGCGCAGACGGCACUCCUCACACAGAGCUGCCCCCGACCCGGGCGAAUGCAGGCUUGUGCUGCCGCUGCUGCCGCCGCCGCCGCCCGGGCCGAGUGACAAAGGAAGGAAGGAAGCGAGGAGGAGCCGGCCCCGCAGCCACUGACAGGGCCCGGGCUGGGGGCAAAGCGCGGACACUUCCUGAGCGGGACCGUGCAGAAGCGAGGGGCGGGAGGGCGGCCGCGCUGGUGCCUUGGACGGGGGAGGGGGCCCCGAGGGACGGAAGCGGUUGCUGGGUUCCCAUGUCCCCGGCGUAUGGGGAGCAGUCGAGGAGCCGCUGCCUGGGGUCUGAAGGGAGCUGCCUCCGCCACCGCCGCCGCCAUGGCCGCUGGAUCCAGCCGCCGAGUGCAGCUGCUCCUCGCGCAAUGAGGAGAGGAGCCGCCGCCACCGCCCGCCUCUGACUGACUCGCGACUCCGCUGCCUUCCAGUUCGCCGGGCCCCUGCCGUCAGGCCGCCGGAUCCCGCCGCUGUCGGAGCUGCAGCGUUUCCCGACGCAUCUCCGAGCCACCCCCUCCCUCUCCCUCCCUCCUUCCCAUCCCCCUUUCUUUUCAAGCGUGAGACUCGUGAUCCUUCCGCCGCUUCCCUUCUUCAUUGACUCGGAAAAAAAAUCCCCGAGGAAAAUAUAAUAUUCAGAGUACUUAUUUUCAAUCAAGUAUCUGUCCCCGUUUCACGUGAUAUAUAUUUUUUAGGAUCUCCCAACCAUUUCUCCCCUCCAGGGAAAGGGAGGGGAAAGAAUUGUAUUUUUUCCCCAGCUCCUGAUCAUCUAUAUGUUAAAUAUCCGUACUGAUCUGGCUUCAAGGAGAAAUACAUCGCUCGCUUUUUUAUAUAGCUGUUCAAAAGGAGUGAAAAGCCAAGAGGACGAAGUCUUUUUCUUGUGGGAGAACUUAAUGCUGCAUUUAUCAUUAACCUAACACCCCAACAUAAAACAAAAGGAAGAAGAGGAGGAAGGAAGGAAAAGAAGGUGAUUCGGGAAGAGAGUGAUCAUGUCAGGGCGGCCCAGAACCACCUCCUUUGCGGAGAGCUGCAAGCCAGUGCAGCAGCCUUCAGCUUUUGGCAGCAUGAAAGUUAGCAGAGACAAGGAUGGCAGCAAGGUGACCACAGUGGUGGCAACUCCUGGGCAGGGUCCAGACAGGCCACAAGAAGUCAGCUAUACAGACACUAAAGUGAUUGGGAAUGGGUCGUUUGGUGUGGUAUAUCAAGCCAAACUUUGUGAUUCAGGAGAACUGGUUGCCAUCAAGAAAGUAUUGCAGGACAAGAGAUUUAAGAACCGAGAGCUCCAAAUCAUGAGAAAGCUAGAUCACUGUAACAUAGUCCGAUUGCGUUAUUUCUUCUACUCAAGUGGUGAAAAGAAAGAUGAGGUCUAUCUUAAUCUGGUGCUGGACUAUGUUCCGGAAACAGUAUACAGAGUUGCCAGACACUAUAGUCGAGCCAAACAGACGCUCCCUGUGAUCUAUGUUAAGUUGUAUAUGUAUCAGCUGUUCCGAAGUUUAGCCUAUAUCCAUUCCUUUGGAAUCUGCCAUCGGGAUAUUAAACCACAGAACCUCUUGUUGGAUCCUGAUACAGCUGUCUUAAAACUCUGUGACUUUGGAAGUGCAAAGCAGCUGGUCCGAGGAGAACCCAAUGUUUCGUAUAUCUGUUCUCGGUACUAUAGGGCACCAGAGUUGAUCUUUGGAGCCACUGAUUAUACCUCUAGUAUAGAUGUAUGGUCUGCAGGCUGUGUGUUGGCUGAGCUGUUGCUAGGACAACCAAUAUUUCCAGGGGACAGUGGUGUGGAUCAAUUGGUAGAAAUAAUCAAGGUCCUGGGGACACCAACAAGGGAGCAAAUUAGAGAAAUGAACCCAAACUACACAGAAUUCAAAUUCCCUCAAAUUAAGGCACAUCCUUGGACUAAGGAUUCGUCAGGAACAGGACAUUUCACCUCAGGAGUUCGGGUCUUCCGACCUCGAACUCCACCAGAGGCGAUUGCACUAUGUAGCCGUCUGCUGGAGUAUACCCCAACUGCCCGAUUGACACCACUGGAAGCUUGUGCACAUUCAUUUUUUGAUGAAUUACGGGACCCAAAUGUCAAACUACCAAAUGGGCGAGACACACCUGCACUCUUCAACUUCACCACUCAAGAACUGUCAAGUAAUCCACCUCUAGCUACCAUCCUUAUUCCUCCUCAUGCUCGGAUUCAAGCAGCUGCUUCAACCCCUUCAAAUACCACAGCAGCCUCAGAUGCUAAUGCUGGAGACCGUGGACAGACCAAUAACGCCGCUUCCGCAUCAGCUUCCAACUCCACCUGAACAGUCCCGAGCAGCCAGCUGCACAGGAAAAACCACCAGUUACUUGAGUGUCACUCAGCAACACUGGUCACAUUUGGAAAGAAAAUUAAAAAGAGAAAAAAAAAACCUGUUCAUUUUAGUGUUCAAU